UUCUCGCAUCUCUCCCGGCCCGCUGCGGGCCGCUCAGGCCGGUGCUUUGCCCCGGCGCCUCAGUGCGCUCGGCCAACGGCCUCUAGGAGCGCCCACUGCAACGCCCCGGGAGCCGGCGGGCGGGAGCCCUCGCCGGGGACCCUUCAGCGGGCCCAGGGGGACAAAAGUGGCUCAAAAUCCAGCACAGGCACAUUGAAGCAAGUUAAAGGAUUUAAUAUGAAGCACAGAAGCAGAUAGUGCCAAAUUGCAAGCCGUAGUUGGUACACAUUUCUGGAAAAGCAGUGUCCGUGUUGUUAUGUACACCUCCAAAAAAGUUCAGAUCUGUAGGGGAAUUGUUGUAUAAAGUAAACUGAACUACAGGGUAGCAGUAUCUUAAUAGCUAUUCUAGACGUGUAUUUACUGUAUUAAAAAUGAGUAAAAGAACAAGCAGUGACACACCACUAGGAAGAGUGAGUGGGGCAGCCUUUCCUUCUCCCACUGCUGCUGAGAUGGCGGAGAUUAGUCGAAUUCAGUAUGAAAUGGAAUACACCGAAGGUAUUAGUCAGCAAAUGAGGGUCCCGGAGAAAUUAAAGGUAGCACCACCAAAUGCUGACCUGGAACAAGGAUUCCAAGAAGGAGUUCCAAAUGCUAGUGUCAUUAUGCAGGUUCCAGAAAGGAUUGUUGUAGCAGGAAAUAAUGAAGACAUUCCGUUUUCAAGACCAGCAGAUCUUGACCUUAUUCAGUCAACUCCCUUUAAACCUCUGGCACUAAAAACACCUCCUCGUGUACUUACGCUAAGUGAAAGACCACUAGAUUUUCUGGAUUUAGAAAGACCUCCUCCAACCCCUCAAAAUGAAGAAAUCCGUGCAGUUGGCCGGCUAAAAAGGGAGCGCUCUAUGAGUGAAAAUGCCGUUCGCCAAAACGGACAGCUGGUCAGAGCUGACUCCAUGUGGCACAGAUCAGAUUCUGCCCCAAGAAAUAAAAUUUCAAGGUUCCAGGCGUCGAUUUCUGCACCGGAGUACACUGUGACACCAUCGCCACAACAGGUUCGGGUCUGUCCUCCCCAAAUGUUACCUGAAGACGGAGCUAAUCUUUCCUCUGCUCGAGGCAUUUUGUCGCUUAUCCAGUCUUCCACCCGUAGGGCUUACCAGCAGAUCUUGGAUGUGCUGGAUGAAAAUCGCAGUGUGAGAAGACAAAAUGAAAUACGUUGUGAAAGACCUGUGUUGCGUGGUGGGUCUGCUGCCGCCACUUCUAAUCCUCAUCAUGACAACGUCAGGCAUGGCAUGUCACAUAUAGAUACAACAAUUGAAGGAACUUCAGACGACAUGACUGUUGUAGAUGCAGCUUCAUUAAGACGACAGAUAAUCAAACUAAAUAGACGUCUGCAACUUCUAGAAGAGGAGAACAAAGAGCGUGCUAAAAGAGAAAUGGUCAUGUAUUCAAUUACUGUAGCGUUCUGGCUUCUUAACAGCUGGCUCUGGUUCCGCCGCUAGAGGUAACCUCAGCUCUCGAAACUCGUGUCUCAACAGCUGGAAAUAUAAAGCAUUUACAAACUUCUUUGUUUCUGUCUUUGCAUUGUAUGCCGUUUUAUAGUCCAUGCCCUGAACAUGUAUUUCUUCCAGAAAGGAGGGGGGAGGGACUGAUACUUGCAGAAGUCAAGGUAUGUUCUCUCACUCCGCUGUAGUCACUUAAAGCAGAUCUGCAGUAACAAACACCUACUUAAAAUUCUCCCUUUGCAUGUUUUGUAAAUAGGCUCUAGUUUGUUUUUUAAAAGGAAUUUUUGCCUCAUCAGCCCACACAAUUUAUUCUCCGAAUGGGAGCGAGAGUGCAUAGGGAAUGGAUUUAGAAAAGUAUCUGUAGAAGAAAAAUAUUACUUUAUUUUGUCCUGUUUCUCAAACACUGUUAGAUUGGACAGUUUUGUUAAUAGACCCUUUUGCAUCCACAUUUCAACAUUAACACUUCUGAAGUCAUGGUCUGGUGUCAGAUUUGAUAAAGCCAAGGCACUUCAUGUUUACCAGUCACCUUCACUAAAGGAAUUCCGAACAUUUCCAGCAGUUUAUCUAAUAUGCGUGUAAAAUGUGCGUUCUUGUUUUUAUUUUAGUUUUGCAGAUGGUUUUCUAUAAAGUAUGUUUUUACUAAGUCCCUGUGUGAAUGAUUUAAAAAACUACAGAAUAAGGUACAAAUGUAGUGUAUUUAAUAAACUGUCAACUAAA